AUGGAUCUAGAAAAUUGCAACUGUCUAUGCUCAAGAAACAUUAGCAUUUGGUCAAGUUAUGAGAGAAUUGGCUAUGACCCUAUUGUAUGUGUCAAAAAAUUUAUGAGCAAAAUAAAGAUAGCAAAGUUGAAAACACUGUGGAGAAAGAUCAAGAGACAAAACAAGAGGAGAAUAUUAAGAUCAUCUUCACCUGUGUUUCUAUAUGAUCCUACCUCUUACUUACAAAAUUUUGAUGAUGGUUAUUCCAAUGAUGAUGAUUUUUCAAGGUCUUUCUCAGCUCGAUUUGCAACACCAUGUUCCAAGACUUUUAAGAAGAAUAUUGAAGUGAUGAAUGUUGAAGAAAUAAUGGAGACAAACGAGCUAUAG